CACAUGCAUGUGACACUAUUUCAAAAGGUUUUAAAAAAAAAACUAAAACCCAUUCAUUGCAAAAAAAAAUAAAAAAUCUCUCUCAUUUUUCUCACUUUUCUCUCUUUUUCAUUUCCAUUCGCUGUACUUUGUUAAUUGAACCAUCCAUAGCCAUGGCGGCUAUCCAAGAAUCCCGGGCGGAUCAACCGAAAACGGUGCCGGUGCCGUCUCAAAUGCCGCCGCCGUUGUUAGUCUCCGACGCCUUCGCCAAGGACGCCAUUCUCGCAUGGUAUCGCGGCGAGUUUGCGGCCGCAAACGCGAUCAUCGAUGCACUCUGCGGUCAUCUCGCGCAGGUUGCUUCGUCCUCCAACGAUUACGACUUGGCGUUUGCCGCAAUCCAUCACAGGCGGCUCAAUUGGAUCCCUGUCCUCCAGAUGCAGAAGUAUCACUCCAUUGCUGAUGUCACUCUCGAACUGCGUAAUGUUGCUGAGAAGAAAAUCGAAUCGGUUGAUGGAAAAACGAAAAGCGUAGAUGAGAAACCGGAAAUGAAUGAGGAAGCUGUGGAAAAGGUCGGAAAUGACGGCGAUGAAGCUCCGGCGGAGUAUGAUACGCUGGACAGUGAGAUCACUGAUUCAGGAUCGCUGGAAGUGCAACACAGUUUUAUGAACAAUAGUAUAUGUUCAAAUCAUGAAGAAUGUGAAGGACGUCCUUCAGAGAUAAAGUUGACACAAGGUUUCACAACAAAGGAAUUCGUGAAGGGGCAUCCGGUGAAUGCUGUUAAAGGAUUGAGGUUGUAUGAGGACGUUUUAUCUGAAUCACAGCUCGGCAAACUGGCUGAUUUUGUGAAAGAGAUCCACGCUGCUGGUCAGAAUGGAGAACUUUCAGGUGAAACCUUUAUACUAUUUAACAAACAGGUGAAGGGGAACAAGAGGGAGCUGAUUCAGUUAGGUGUACCCAUAUUUGGACAGAUAAAAGACAUUGCCAAAAGCAAAAUUGAGCCAAUUCCAUCACUUCUUCAUGGUGUCAUUGAUCACCUUAUUCAGUGGCAAUUAAUUCCAGAGUACACAAGGCCAAAUGGUUGCAUUAUCAACUUCUUUGAAGAGGGGGAGUUUUCUCAGCCAUUCUUAAAACCACCACAUUUGGAUCAACCUCUAUCUACCCUUCUUCUCUCUGAAUCUACCAUGGCUUUUGGGCGGAUUCUUAUGAGUGAAAAUGAUGGGAAUUACAAAGGUCCACUCAUGCUAUCUUUGAAGCAAGGGUCUCUUUUAGUGAUGAGAGGAAACAGCGCUGAUAUGGCAAGGCAUGUGAUGUGUCCAUCCCCUAACAAAAGGGUGAGUAUCACCUUCUUUAGAGUGAGAGAAGGCUCUUAUCAUGGCCAAUCAACAAGCCCUCCUCUAGCGACGACAUCCGCAAUGACAGUUUGGCAACCUGGCACUGCCAGUCCACUUGCUUUGCCAAAUGGGGCUAUAAGUGGCCACCAGGCUAUGGAUAUGAUACCCAGAUGGGGUAUGUUUGGUCCUCCGAUGGUCAUGCUAACCCCUAUGCACCCUAUGACAAUGAAUCCCAACAAACUUCCUCGAGGCGGGACUGGAGUUUUCUUACCAUGGAAGGGGCAUCCCAGAAAACAUUCAAGGUAUCUUCCACCACGUGCCCAUAAAGGACGGGUUAUGGCAUUACCUCCCCCUGUUGAAUCACACAGGGAAGACUCUACUUCUGAACCAACCAUUACCGUUGAAGGAUAGAUAUGAUUUCAGACUUAGAGCAGCCUUGGGUUUAAAGAAAAUGUGAGUCAAGAAAGAGGUUUCACGCAUCAGUUAUGCGCUCUAGAUUCUGGAGUAAUUUAUUUUGUUGUACAAACAUUUCUUCACAUUUUUCCUUCUAGUUGCUUUUAGAAAACAUAGACUAGUGUUUAUGAAUAGUUUAUUGUGGGUUUUGAUCAGCUUAUAGGAUUUGGAGAGGCUUAGCUUCCUAAUUUUGCAAAAUGUGAAUUAAUAUCCGAGGUUGAAAUUUUGUAUGAAUGGUUGUUAUAUUUCUUUUCA